UUAGUAAGUUGGUAAGUCCGAUCAGUUUAAAAUUUUGACAGUUUGCAUUUGCCGUUAAAAAGUCACUUCUACAAGCAUCAUUUUUUGUUUGCAAUACAGUGUGAAAAAUGUUUAGUUUGAAUGCUUUUUUAGAGGACUUCAAUUUUCAAACGUUUACAGCCAUUAAUGAGGAGCUUAAAGAAUCAUCUCAAAUUAUUUCAAAUGAGAUUGAGGACUUUCUUAAAGAUUGCAAACAUAUACAAUCUCAAGUUGGAACAGGCAAAUAUGUACCUUUAAGUGAAACUAAUAGAAGGGAAAAAGAAAAUGAACCACAGAAUGAGCAAGUCGAGAAGAAAACAAGUGGCAGACAAUCACGUCAUACACCUCUUCAAGUUAAAACUGCAGAUUUAUUCGACGUGAAAAAAAAUAAAAUAGUCAAAGAAUCUGAAACACGUGAAAGUUCAACAGCAAGCAAUGAAAUAGCAAUGGUAAAAAUCAAAAAGGAAAAGGAAGAUAUGCCGGCACCAACCCUACCAGCUCCAAGAAAGAAAAAAAUUAAAACUGAACCCCCAGAGCAGCCUGUGACUAGAAGUACUAGAAGUAAAGCCAAAAAAGUUAUGGAGACUAUUAAGAUUAAAAAAGAACCAGUUAGAAAGGAUUCUGAUGUCAUCAUGGAAAAUACACCAGUGCCUGUAGUUGAUAUAACUGAAGACGAAUCAGAUUUAGAAAGUUCAAAGACUAAAGCAGGAAGAAAAACCAGAACUAAAACCAAAGCAGCCGCUAAUUCGAAACAAUCAGAAACAAGCACCAGAUCAACAAGAACCAAAACCAGAGCACAACAAAAUUGCAAACGGGAACGUGACCCAGCAGAAGAAGGUAAUCAAGAAAUAAAGAAAUCCAGAUCCACUUCAUCUACAAGAGAAGAAAUAAUACAAUCGCCUUUAAGUAACACUUCAAUCCAGACAGAAUAUGAGGAUGCUGUUUCCACAGUGGAAAACAACACAAAUGCCACAUAUGUGGCCACCAAUAACACUGUGGAUACUAAUUCCACAUAUGUAGCCAGCACGGACAAUGCAAACAAGACUAACACACCCAGUAAUAAUAUCAACACAACUGUGGUCAUUCCUAAUCCUUCAGUCAUUCAAAACGCAGCUGGGCAACAGGACGACCUGAUGACUGACGACGAUUCCGAUAUAGAAAUUAAAAAGCGACCAAAAGCGAAACCAAAGAGCAAAAAGAAAAGUUCCGGGGACGUUAAGACGAUUUUCAAUCCAUUCGAGCCCAGCCCAGUGAAGAAAAAAGUGGAAGCGUUUGAGAAACUUGGAGAAAGCAGUGGCAUUCCUGUAUCAAACAAAUUUAAAGGAAAACGCGAUGUAAGUGGACUGAAAUCUGGAUCAGUUAAGGAAACAUCCAGAUUGUAUACACCAACAACCACUUCUAGAGUUGUACCUGGAGCAGUUAAGGAAGCAUCCAAAACCUAUACACCAACAGCCUCAAAAUUUGUGCCGAAAGUGUGCAGUACUACCAAAAUAAACAAGGGUGUAUCUGGAAUGUCAGGAAAUGAGAGCAUUCUCUCAGGUAAAACUGUUAGUGAAGUGAAGGCAACCCAAGCCGAGUAUAGGGAAAGAAAAAGAAGGGAGGCAGAAGCGUUAAAGAAAAAGGAAGAAUUGCGCAAGAAACGCGAAGAAGCGCAGAUUAAGGCGCAAGAAAAUAAAGAAAGGGAAAAACAACGUUUCAUGGAACAGCAAAGGUUAAAGGAGGAAAGAACCAAACAGGUGAAGGCCGAGAAGGAAGAGAAAAUAAACAAGAUGAAGGAGGAGCAUGAGCGCAAGCGAUUGCAAGCCAAAGAAAAAGCUGUAGCCAUAAAACAGGCAAAGGAGAAAGAAGAAGCGCUUCGCGCCGAAGAAAAACGUAAGGCCCAAUUGUUGGAACAAAAAGCAAAGGCAAAACUAAAUUUGCCCAAAUACAUGACUACACCUGCGCCAUUACUACCCACCGAGGAUUGCUACGAUUCCGAUGAUGAGAGGAGCAAGAAAAAAAUCCAAAUCUCUUGGUGCUCGUAUCAAAAUAUUAAAGAAUCUCAGAUAGUAAUGCAUAUUGUCGGCGAAGCGUGCAAGAACACGUUCUUUUGUCGGCAAGCCAUAACCCCGGAUCUGCAGGACAUUUUUGGCACUAUGGAGUCGCACAAGUUAAAAAGAACAUCGAGUGCCGUUUGGAGGAAACCCCCAAGGUACACCCUUAUGCCCACAAUUCAAGAUGAAACAACAAUUCACGAUGAAUUUGAUGAUGAUGAUGAUUAUUAACAAGUGUUAAAAUAUAAAACGUGCCUUAACAAAACAGAGGCACUGUUUUGUUAAUGUACCUUAAUUUUUAAACCUGAAAAUAGUGCACGUUAUUUUUGUAUUAUUUUUAUUCUUUAUUAAACCCACUUAGCAUGUAAUAAUACACAAUUUUUAGAAAACCUUGUAUAUACUGAAUGUAAGAACGUUUUUAACAAUAUUAAAUGUAUAAUUAUAUUUUAAUUAAAUAAACUUAUUAUUAA